CUACACUAGACAUAAAGAAUGGGAUCUGAGCAGUAAACAACUGUUAACCCUUGCUAUCGAGAUAGUAUUGGAGUCAAGAGGUUCGUCGGAGGAAGCGAGUCGAGGUUUCAGCCUGCGGUUCGGUUUUCAAAGCAAUCAUCUGUGUUUAUGUGCGAGUUUGGAGUUCUCAUCGCUCAACCUGGAAAGGAAUAAAGGUUUGCCGAAGGGCUCGGUAGCAUACAGAUCGGAGUCGGGGGCCGCUUCUCCUGCACCGGCGUCUGCGUUCGACACGGCGGGUUCUUCCCGUGUUCUUGCCGAAGCUUCCAAAAGGAAACGGCCCUCCGAAAAGGGGCAACCGUCCAAACGGAAGAAGGCAAGAAGUGUUGCCCGGCCCCUGAGAGAAGAAGCGGAGCCCGACAUCAUAGUUCGGAGGGUCGACUUAACCCCGUCACCGGCUCCGGUACCCGAGGAGACUGCCUCCGUUCCGCCUUUACCUUCUAUCAACGAAGGUCUCUUGAUUCCCGUUCUUUCUUCAGGUGAGACUUUUUCGGAAGAUAUUCCCCUGCAGAGGAGAAAGGGACUCGGGGAAACGGCUGUCACUACAGCUGAUCAAAGGGCCGCCCCAGCUCCGGAGACCGAAGCCCCCAUUCACGCUCAUCCAUCUCCCGACUGUGAACCUGUCUCUACUGCGGAGUCCCCGGUCUUUGCCAGAAACAUUGAGUCCACGCCAAGUUCAUCUACCCCGGCUCUGAGGGUUGAAGAUUUUAAAGAUAUGUUUUCAACCAUUCCUCCUGCUACCGGUGAAGCUGCGGGUUUCGACCAUCUUCCAAUUUCUCGAGCCACGAGGUCGGCUAACCGGCAGUCAGAAUCUGGUUCUAGAGAUAACCCGGUGACCAUCUUCCCGGCUCCGAGCGUAGAACCAAGAAGAACCAGAUCGGUCGUAAUCACCGUCCCCGAGGAUUGCGGCUUUCUAUCACGCCCGGUGGGAGUAGCAAGCUAUUUGCGACCUCUUGUCUCCGACUCGGACAAGCAUAAAAUGACCGGGGUCACCUGGCAGUGCCUUAUGAACGAAGGCAUGCACGCGGGCAACCGGAGUGUGGUACUGGUCAACGAGGCCUUCAUCCGUGCCCAACACGAGAUGGACGAUCUCCGAGGCCAACUAGAUGCGCAAGGCCGAGAGACGGAGAAAUAUAAGCAUCUCCUCCGAGAGAAAGAGGAAGAGUUGGGUCGGGCGGCUGUUCUUGCCAACCUUCGUCCCGAGCUCGAUGCGGCCAAGGACGAAAAUCGUCGCUUGAAGAGUGAAUUGGCUGCCAUGACCGAUUAUAAUCGAAGCCUCGAGGCUGAGAAGAUUGGCCUUAGCCGAGACAAAGCCCAAUUUUCGUCGAGGCUGGACGAGCUGGAGGCCACCGUAUCCCAACUCUGGGGGGAACUGGAUUUGGUGAAGGCCGAUGCAACGAGCCUAGCCGAGAGGAACCGGCUAUUGGAAUCCGACACCGCUCUGUACAAAGAACGCAUGAGAGUUUUUUAGGAGAAAGCCGAGGAGCGGUCUCGGAUAUGUGAGGGCUUAAAAGCCGAGCUGGAGGAGGCGGUGAGCGCCAACGAUGUUCUUAAGGCCGAGCUAGAAGCUGCUGUUCAUAUGAGGAAUAUUGCUGUGGCAAACCGGGCCGAGCUGGAGACUAAGUUGACUAAAGUCGAGGCUGAUUUGGAAGAGACCUGGAAAGGCGUAGAGGCGGCCGAGGCUCAUACUGCCAUUGUCGCUGAGUACGAGAAGUGGAAGUCUCGGCGGCUCACCCUCUAAGAAGCCGAGCGCGGAUUCUCCGAUCUUCCGGCCCUGAUAAACCAGGCCAAAGAGAUGGAGGAGGAGGCAAACCAUGCUCUCGGGUCCGACUCAGAUGAUUCCGAACGAACCGAGUCCGAUCAUUCUGCCUCUAGUCCUGCCGAGUAGCAUAGGAUUUUUGCUUUUUGCCUUUGCUGGCCUUUUGACUUUUGAUGUAAAAGUAUUCUUUGUAAAAGCGUCUUUUGUAUAUAUGA